AUGACUGCCUCUACAGAAUGGCCCGUCAACCGGGUGCGUCAAACUUUCAUUGACUACUUUCAGAAGCAGCACCAGCACGAAUUCGUCCCAUCAUCUGCGGUCGUCCCCCACGAUGACCCAACACUGCUGUUCGCCAACUCUGGAAUGAACCAGUUCAAACCAAUUUUCCUCGGCACCGUCGAUCGCACGUCUGAUCUGGGCAAGCUGAAACGUGCCGCAAACACCCAAAAGUGUAUUCGCGCCGGAGGAAAGCACAACGAUCUGGAGGAUGUCGGCAGGGACACCUACCACCACACAUUCUUCGAAAUGUUGGGCAACUGGUCUUUUGGCGACUACUUCAAGAAGGAGGCCAUCGAAAUGGCGUGGACAUUAUUGACCAAGGUCUACGGCCUGCCUACUGACCGUCUGUACGUUACGUACUUUGGAGGAGACGAAGGAUUGAAGUUGCCGCCUGAUGAGGAGGCAAAGAAGCUGUGGCUUGACAUCGGCGUGGCGGAGGACCACAUGUUGCCGGGAGACACCAAGGACAACUUCUGGGAAAUGGGAGACCAAGGACCUUGCGGGCCUUGCAGCGAGAUUCACUUUGACAGAAUUGGAGGCCGGAACGCCGCACAUCUUGUCAACAUGGACGACCCCGAUGUCCUGGAGAUCUGGAACUUGGUCUUCAUGCAGUUCAACCGGGAAGCUGACCGGUCGCUCAGGCCCUUGCCCAACAAGCACAUCGACACUGGCAUGGGAUUGGAACGUCUCGUCUCUGUUCUUCAAGACAAGCGCUCAAACUACGACACGGACGCCUUCACGGGAAUUUUCGCCGCCAUCCAGAAGCUCACCGGCGCUCGUCCGUACGCUGGAAAGCUCGGCGCCGAGGACGCGGAUGGGAUAGAUACGGCGUACCGAGUUGUUGCCGAUCACAUCCGCACAUUGACAUUUGCCAUUAGCGAUGGUGGUAUUCCGUCCAACGAGGGUCGUGGGUACGUUUUACGGCGAAUCAUCCGUCGUGCUGCUCGUUACGUCCGUAGCAAGUUCAACACUCCGAUGGACGGCUUCUUUUCGCGACUCGUUGACAUCGUGGUUGCUGAGAUGGGUGAAGCGUUCCCUGAGAUCACCAGGCGCAUAGACACGCUGAAGGAGAUUCUGGACGAAGAAGAGCGCAGUUUCGCCAAAACCCUCGACAGGGGCGAGAAGCUCUUCAACGAGUUCCUCACCAAGGCCAAAGCCGACAAGAGCACCGUUCUGGCUGGCGCAGAUGUGUGGAGGCUGUACGACACAUACGGGUUCCCCGUCGAUCUUACCCGUUUAAUGGCCGAGGAAAGCGCGCUGUCGAUCGACGAGAGCGGGUUCGAGAGCGCCCAGGCUUUGGCUAAAGAGCGUUCGAAGGCUACAAAGUCGAAGAACAAGGGCGACACGGUUGCUUUGGACGUCCAUGACUUGGGCGCAUUGGAGAAGAACACCAAGGUGCCGACGACGGACGACUCGUACAAGUACGGCACGGACGACAUCAACGCUACCGUAAAAGCGAUCUACGCGGACGGGUCGUUCGUCGACUCGGUAUCCUCGGAAUCCCACCACGGGCGUUUCGGCGUCCUUCUCGACAAGACCAACUUCUAUGCCGAGCAAGGUGGUCAGCAAUACGACACGGGAUCCCUCACCAUCGACGGGAAGGUCGAAUUCGCCGUCGAAGACGUCCAGGUGUUUGGAGGCUACGUCCUCCACAUUGGGUACCUCAAGUACGGCCAGCUCAGCCUCGAGGACGAGCUUCUGUGCUCUUACGACGAGCUGAGGAGGUGGCCGAUCAGGAACAACCACACCGCCACGCACAUUCUUAACUAUGCCCUCCGGGACGUGUUGGGGGAUGUGGUCGACCAGAAGGGAUCCCUCGUCUCGCCGGAGAAGCUGCGGUUCGAUUUCUCGGCCAAGGCUGCGCCGACUGUCGAGCAGCUGCAGAGGAUUGAGGAGAUUUGCAAUGAGUUUGUGAAGAAAAAUUUAAAGAUGUACUCCAAGGAGGUGGAUCUGCAUCUCGCAAAGGCUAUCAACGGACUGCGUGCCGUUUUCGGAGAGCGCUACCCCGACCCCGUCCGCGUCGUGUCCAUCGGUCACUCCAUCGACGAACUGGUCACCGACCCGUCGAACCCCAAAUGGCACCAAACCUCCAUCGAAUUCUGCGGCGGCACGCACGUCAAGCAAACCGGCGAUAUCAAGCAAAUCGCCCUCCUCGAAGAAUCCACCAUCUCCAAAGGCGUCCGUCGCGUCGUCGCCGUCACGGGCGAAGACGCACACGAAGUCAACCGUCAGGCCGAUGAGGUCGAGAAACGGUUGAAUGGGUUGAAGGAGUUGGGGAACUCUGCUGCUUCGUCCCCUGGUACGGGUACCACCAUGACACAACUCGAAGCCGCCCUCAAAGUGAUGGCCAAACAACUCGACGAAACCACCCUCCCCAUCCUCCGCAAGCACGCCCUGCGACAAGACUUCAACACGAUCAAAAAGGCCUUCGAUGACGCGGACAAGGCGCGGAAAGCCCGCGAGAUGAAGGAGGCUGCUGAGCGGGUUAAGACGUACUUCACCCAACACGCCGAUGCACCGUUUUUGGUUGAGGUCCUGCCGUAUGGGGGCAAUGGAAAGGCCCUCGCGAAGGCGAUUGAGACGGUCAAGGGGUUGCAGAAUAAGGCUGCGUUGUUGAUUACUGUGGAUAGUGAGGCAGGGAAGGUUAACCAUUCUUGUGUUGUGCCGAAGGACUUUGUCGCCAAAGGCCUGAAAGCAACCGACUGGGCCGCCGUCGUCUCGGGUAAAGUCGGCGGACGCAACGGCGGGAAGGACGAGGCUGCCGCGGGUGCCGGAACCGAGCUCGCGAACGUUGAUGAGGCUGUUCGAUUGGCGGCUGAGUUUGCGAGGUUGAAGUUGGGGGCUUGAUCGAUCGAGACAUACGUCUUUUUUAUUUUCGGGACCGUCAUUUUGGCGAAGGGUGGAUUUCCUUUUCUCUCUGCGCGAUGAGUGUUUUCAUUUUUUUUUUUCGUAGGCCCCAUAUAUUUAGAAUUGUGUUUCUUUUUCUUAUUUCCAACAUGCUUCUCAUCUUUGUGCACAUUUUGUUCAACCUUUCUUUGAUCGUGGAUGUCCCAAACCAUGUUUAUGUAGCUGAGGAGCCAGGAUGUUUCCGGGAAACGUUAACUUGCAACUCCUUACGCAUCUCUAGCCCCUUUUUGCAACAGAGCAGAUUCGAGGCGCCGACUGAUAUGGUCGAUACUCAUCCACCCGUUUCUCUUGUCCAGUCCCAUGGGCCGCGCUGGUCGUAAGCCCAGCUUUACGCCGUUCCAAAAGGACGCCAACAGAUAUUCAAUGCUUUC